AGAACAGACCUCCCUGCGGCCCACCGGUCUUUCGUUCUCUACAUCGAGGAGUAUGAGAGACUGUACUACCAACGACGCCGAGAGCGCCUUCACUUUGUCCGCCCCAGCCUUCAUUCCCUGGCUCAUAUUGUACCUGAGGCUAGCCGCAUUGGCCCUGGGGCGCUGCAUUCCCAAUGGACCCUGGAGAACUUUAUUGGUAAUAUUACGCGCGAGAUCAAGCAGCAUGUCACCCCGUAUGCUAACGUUUCAGAGCGAGCUUUGCGUCGUUGUCAGGUCAAUGCUCUCAAAGCCAUGAUCCCAUCCCUAGCUGAACCGGACGACAUUUUCCCCCAAUACGCCGAAAUUCUGGGAGACGGAUACGUCUUGCUGCCUGCCAGGGACUCCAUCCAACGAGUCAUCCCCUCUGUUGAAGCUGCCGCUCUGCGCGACUUUCUCCGCAAUGAGGGGGUGACCCUGCGCGACCCCGACUGGUCAGCUCCCGUUCGGCGCUGGGCACGCUUGCGACUUCCGAACGGGCAGGUGGCCCGUUGUGCCUGGAAGGAGUGUGCCCUGGAAGCACGACGACGCAAGCCGCGCCGUGCUCGUAUGGUGAAGGUGAGCACCACCCUGCGAGAUAACACGUUCGCUGAGGUUCAGUAUUUCUUCCGUUUGAAGAUACACGACCACGUCGAGACAAUGGCCAUGCUCGCAUACUUCACCCCACCAGAUCCAGACAUAUAUGAGUUCUCUCGUGGGACUCUGCUCGCCUGCAGCCAUCUUGGUGAAACGUCUCGGGCGGUGAUUUUUGUCAAACAAAUCGUCUCUGUAGUUGCGAUGGUACCUCUCCCAAUGACGUCCGAGGAGGCUACCACCUCCGAUGCCGACACACUUUACAGAGACCGGUUUUUUGUCGUGGAGAAGCCCGGUUUAGACGUUGCGAACAUAGCAGGACGGGUCGAAGAUAUCACUGCAGACGUUGACGGACUGGACAUUGUAGGCUAG